AUGAACGAGGACGACGACAUCAGUGGUGGAGGAAGCGAUUACUUGGGAGUGACGUCACCUGGAUUGACUUCUAAAGGGUCUGGGAUGACGCAGCUUAUUCGGCAGAAACUCAAGUUUACUGAUGAAGGUCUUUGGAAACGGUUUUCCGCGCGUCGGCUGGAACUCAUUGACGUGCUGGCACUUUCUGAUAAAAAGGCAUCUGAGCAAGAUGCUAGCAUCCGGCAGGUGGCAAACCAGUUACGCACCGAGUACAAGUACCCAGAAGAUACACUGCCAGAUUUUGAAAAACUCCUGAGAGCCGGUAUCCAGUCGGUUCGUAGAAAUAGGAAACGAGUGCCCAAGUCUAAAAUUUCUACACCAGGACAAACAUACCAUUAUUAUAAUAGCUUUAGUGGGGUCCGGCGGCACAGUCAUAAUCUUACCCAGCAACAGCAACAACAACAGCAGCAACAACAGGAAUCUGUACCUAAAAGAGAGCCGUCGACUGAAGACGAUGAAAUGCUUGAUGCGUCAUUAUCGCCACCUCCUCCUCCUCAUGCUCCAGCCGCAGUCUCUCGCACUAUCAUGUCCAUAUCUGCAUUAGUAGACGAUGGUAAUAACAAUACCACUUCUCAAAGUCAUACUGAUUCUAGCGAUGACGCCCAGUUUCCUUUUUCAUAUCAUCACCGUCCCAAGCUGCGUGUGGACUCAUCCGAGGCCGUACACUUGGACAAGUACUCACUGCCGAUUCAAAGUAUAGGGGCCGGGACUGCAUACAAGCUGCUUGGACAAAGUGUUUUGGAAACAAGUGCACUGAAUGCCAUUAUUUCACGAAGUGAAACAACAAAUUCAAUCAGUGAUGCAGGAGCAGCCAAAGAUGAGCUGUUGCGGGAGACGCGGCUGCGAGAUGUUGCACGAGCAGUGUGUCCCGUGACUCUUGCGUCUGCCGCAGAACACAUGGUAAUUCCAACGCUGUGCAUCAAGACCGCUCUAUGCGCGCUUGAUAGGGGAUUCGACUGGGUCGUAUCUCUCUUCACAACGGUGUUUGCUGAGGCCAUUGAUGCGCUGAGCGCUGCCACUGCCUUAUCUUGUGCUGCUACUCAAUCGCGGGAUCAUCAACAAGUUCGUCUUCCUCCAGUCACAUCUUUGCCUUCGCCUGUUCCCAGUGCUUCUGGCAGCUUGUGUAGUGUGUCGCUGGGCGACUCAGUUCCACGGAUUGUCCCCGUGACGCUUCGGUUUUUUACUCAAAAAUUAGAUUUUACAUACUCGCCAACAACAUCGACCCCACCAACUGUGACUGAGAUUUUGGAAAAUGGACGAGCAGCGUUUAAAAUUGUGGCCGACGAUAAAGUGCUUAAGAUCCGAGACCUUAACACUGGACGCAUUGUGGAGUCGGAUGCAGACCUCGAGCGAAUAUAUACGACACGGCGCAUUGAUCUGGAGCUGUAUUAUCCGACGACCCGAACUGUGACGUCACAUCACCCGAACCAGCAAAUUGUACGAUACCAACAAACUGAACAGAAACAAAAUGACCAACAGGAAAAUCAUCAUCAUCAACAACAACAACAGCAGCAGCAGCAGCAGCAGCAGCAGCAACAGCAACAACAUCAAAAACAAACUAGCUCAUCUCAUCAUUCUUCACCAUCUUUAGACCCACAAAAACCUCUUCUUCCAUCACUUAAACUCCCUCCACCAAGGCCUACUGUAUUAUCUCGGCCACGGUUUCAAGAACUGUUGUAA